AUGUCCGGUACAAAAGCAGCUCUCAAAGCUGCAAAAGCUGCUUUGGAUGCGAACAAGUAUCAGGAUGCAAUUGAUCAAGCCAAGACGGUGCUGAGGACGGAUUCAAAUAACUACCAUGCCAAUGUAUUCCUAGGCCGAGCGCUCGAAAAGCUGGAUCAGAAUGAAGAUUCCGAAGAAGCUUACAAAAUUGCCAUUGGAUUAAAAGACAAAGACGCUUUAGCAUGGCAAGGGCUAGUGGGUCUUUACGAUAAGCAAGCUGGCAAGAAGCUUGACAGAUAUCAUGAUGCUGCGACUCGAUUAGCGGAGAUACACAUGAACGAGAAUGACAAGAUACGGUGUCAAACAGUCGUGCAAAAGUACACAGAAAAUGCCAAAAAGUACGGUUCUAGGGCACAAUACAAACAUUCUUUGGAGGUUCUACUGCCCACCACUACUCUGUAUGACUACCUCGAAGGUCAAAUUCCCCAACCAGCUUUCACAUAUUCCAAUAUCGCAGAUAUAGUAGAAGCGGAAGAAAAGGAGAAGAUCAACACUGAAAUUGGGCAACGGCGGACGCGUCUUGGAGCUAAGAUCGACCAAGUCACUUCAGAGGUUAAGAGAGAGGUGUUGGAGAACAGUCUGCUGGAGUCUCUGUACGAAAAUAUUAUCGACUGGACCCACGAUGACAAGAUCCGACGUCAAUGCGAGGAGAAACUCCUCCAGCAUGCAUACGAUACCCUCAUCGCCCUACCGACGGCGAAGAAGGAAGCGAAAAGGAAGCAAGUCCAGAAGAUGGCGCAAGGGUUGGUUAUCCUGAAGCACCAAUUCCUGCUUGCCUGGACAAUCGAUCUGGAGUGGAGAGAUGCCACAUACAUUGAGGAGAUGGAUGCUGGAUUACUCAGAGAGUUCAUUGCACUGUUUCCAGAUAGCGGGCUAAGCAAGCUAUUGAGAGGCUUCUUCGAUAGCGACAUUUCUCCGUUUCCGAAAUUGACAGGUCCCGCCCAAGAGCAGAACGAGGAGAGUGAACACAGUUCUCCAUUGUCCGGAGAGAACAGGCUCAUCCUCAUGACUGAAGGCAUGGAAGAGAGCUCAUCGUCAAUCCUAGCACGCCGUAUUAUGGGGCUCAUGUACUUACAUCUCGAAGAAUAUGAGAGCGCUGCGGCCACAGCAAGACAAGGGCUGCAGUGUAUUUUGAAUGAAUCUGGCAUGUCUGGCCUUGCCCUAGGAAAUUCGUUCGAUGCAAUAAGAACUAUUCUGGCCACAGCAUUGGUCCAAUUUCAGCCGCCGCGGCAUCACCCAGAAGCAAUGGAGCUGUUUGAGAAGGUACUCCACCACAAACCUACCGAGAGUUCUGCACUGAUCGGGAUCGGUUUGAUACUCGAAGAACAGGAGGAGUACGUCAAAGCCAUCGAAUUUUUCGACCGUGCUUUGAAGCGAAAUUCUGAACCUAAGAUAAAAGCCGAGGCGGCCUGGUGCAAAGCCCUGAAUGGCGACAGCGAGACGAGCCUGCAUGAGCUCGAGGAUUGCCUUCCAGAUAUGGAAGGUUCUGACACACGAGCAAAAUUGCUACGAUCUCAAACGCUGUAUCGGAUGGGUAUGUGCAUCUGGAACAGGGAAACUUCUAGCAAGGCGCGCAAAAAUCGUGAAGGGGCAUACGCUCGGUUUCUUGCUUCGCUGCAAGCAGACUUGAACUAUGCGCCUGCCUACACAAUACUUGGCAUAUAUUAUGCCGACUACGGGAGAGACAAGAAGCGUGCUCGAAAAUGUUUCCAAAAAGCUUUUGAGCUCUCAUCAUCUGAAGUCGAGGCCGCGGAGCGCCUUGCUCAAGCAUUUGCCAAAUCAGGCGAAUGGGACGUAGUUGAGGUCGUCGCCCAGCGAGUGGUGGAUUCUGGCAAAGUCAGAGCGGCUCCUGGGUCGAAAAAGAAAGGAGUCAGCUGGCCUUUUGCAGCUCUAGGAGUUGUUCAGCUCAACAACCAGGACUACCCAAAAAGUAUCGUCUCUUUUCAGUCAGCACUACGAUCUUCUCCCAACAACUACCAUUGCUGGGUAGGUCUCGGCGAAAGCUACCAUAACUCGGGGCGUUACAUUGCGGCCACCAAGGCUUUCGAACACGCCCAAAAACUUGAGACUUCCAAAGACAGUAGUGUCAAGGAUAAUUGGUUUUCGAAGUACAUGCUCGCAAACGUGAAGCGAGAGUUGGGCCAGUAUGAUGAUGCCAUUGCUGGAUAUCAAGAGGUCUUGAAAUAUAGACCUGCCGAAUUCGGAGUCUCUAUUGCCCUUUUGCAAAGUCUCGUUGAAGGCGCUUGGCACAACAUUGAACUUGGCUUCUUCGGCCGUGCAGCAGAUGCUGCGAGCGAAGCAAUAAGUGUUGCUACGAUCGUUGCAAAAGAACAUCACGAAGCUUUCAACCUUUGGAAAGCAGUUGCUGACGCCUGCGCCAUAUAUACCUAUGCAUCAGCGUACGGUUCAAGGCUCCCGACUCAAGUCUUGCUAUCGCUUCUGAAGGCCGACAUCAAUCUUGAGGUGUACACCGUUCUGGCAGAGAUAGAUGGAAUCAGUGAUAAGACGUUGCAGACUUUGACACAACCCGACCAGCAGACACCUUCUCUCCAGUUGAGCAUAAGCGCAGCGAUAUUGGCACAGAAACGUGCAAUUCACGCUUGUGCGAAUGACAUUCAUGCCAGAGCUGUUGCGUGGUAUAACCUCGGCUGGACAGAGCAUCGCGCGCACGUAUGCAGUCAGGGCGGGCCUACGACGGAGUCCAAGAAGAAGCUACUGAAAUAUCUCAAAGCAUCUGUACAGGCGUUCAAAAGAGCGAUCGAGCUCGAAGCUGGUAACGCUGAGUUCUGGAACUCUCUUGGCAUAGUGACAAGCGAACUCAACCCGAAAGUCUCCCAGCAUUCGUUUGUUCGCAGCCUUUACCUCAAUGAUAAGAUUGCAAGAGUCUGGACGAAUCUGGGAACACUGUAUCUGAUACAGAAUGACAUUCAGCUUGCUAAUGACGCUUACACACGAGCACAGUCUUCCGAUCCCGAUUAUGCUCAAGCAUGGCUUGGGCAAGGUCUGUUGGCCAUGCACGUUGGAGAAGUCAACGAAGCUCGAUAUUUGUUCACCCACGCUUUUGAGAUAGCGGAUUCGUCCUCUCCCAUGAUCAAGCGACAAUUCGCUAUGUCCAUAUUCGAUCAUCUCCUCUUAUCUCCAACAAGCAGCACGACAAGCGCGAUUCAGCCUCUGUUCGCUCUCCAUCAAUUACGCUCUCAAGUUCCUGCGGAUUCCGCUUUCCAGCAUCUCUCGUCCCUAUUCGCUGAGCGAGUCGGCGACUUCGGCGACGCAGCAGCUACACUCGACCAGGUCGCUUCAACCCUUGAAGCGAAGUACGAGACGUCAGAAUCUCCAGUCCUUCUCAUGCCCUUCGCGCUAGCAAAAGCAGAUCUGAGUCGAGCUCAAUUAGCAGAGCGAGAGUUUGAGGCUGCGGCCGAGAAUGCAGAGGCAGCUCUUAACCUCUCCGAAGAAGAAUAUGUGAAGAACGAGGCUCGUCAAAAAGUCCGACUCUCGGCGCAUAUGACAGCUGGUUUAGCCUACUACUAUCAAGGGAUGAUGGACCAAGCUAUCAGCAUGUUCCGAAGCGCUUUGGAAGAGACGCAAGGUAAUCCCGACAUAGUAUGUCUUCUGGCACAAGUACUAUGGGCGAAAGGCGGCGACAAAGAACGGAGCGUUGCUCGAGAGCAGUUAUUUGAUUGCGUAGAGAACCACCCUGGUCACUCAGGCGCCAUCAUUCUCCUCGGUGUCAUUGCUGUUCUAGACGAUGACCGAGAUACCAUUGAAGCCGUGACUGUGGAUCUAGAAGGACUGCGAACCCGAGACUCCUUGACUGUCCAGGAGCAAAGCAAAGUCGCCGAGCUACUGACGACUAUUUCCGCGCUUUUCCCUGGUGAGGAAGGGCAAGACGCGUCAGAGAUGUCGCAAGCAACCACCACCACUAUGCUUGCACCUUCACAGCCCCACGGCUGGGCACAGCUGGCUGGUCUUUCAAAAGAAAGCUAUCCUGCAACAAUGGCUGUGCUUACAGCAACCAAAGCUUGUCCACCUGGAGGUAAUCUUGAUGCACAUGACCUUUCCAAGGCUUACUCGGGAACAACGAGGCUCGAUGAUGCACAGAGAGCUGUCAUGGUUGCCCCUUGGACUGCUCAGGGGUGGGAAGCCCUUAUCUGA